CGUCACUCGGGUCAGCAUGGAGCAAACAUGUCAGCGCCCUGUAGAGAAGUGAUAGUGUAAAUUUGGGAGAAUAAAAGAGAAUAAAAGCCGUUUUCUGCAGUAAUGCUGGGCACCACCAUAAGAGAGGUUUCGCUGGCCUUGAGAGAAGGGAGGUUGUCGGCCACAGAGCUGUGUAAAAAAUGCCUGAAGCGCAUCAAGAAGACACACUACCUCAACUCUUUCAUCACAGUCACAGAGGAGCUGGCCAUGAAACAGGCACAAGAGGCCGAGCACAGGCUGCUGCGAGGUAAGCCUCAUGGCCCACUGGAUGGUGUUCCCUUCUCUGUUAAAGACAAUUUUUGCACGGAAAACAUCGAGACCACCUGUGCCUCCCAUAUGCUUAAAGGUUAUUGUCCUCCAUUCAACGCCACAGUCGUGCAGAAGUUAUUGGAUCAGGGUGCUGUGCUCGUAGGGAAGACCAAUUUAGAUGAGUUUGCCAUGGGGUCGGGCAGUACAGAUAGUGUGUUCGGUCCAGCCCGGAACCCCUGGAGUUACACUAGCUCGUACCGUGAGCAGAGCCCGGAGCAGGAUCCUGACUCUGAUUGGGUGAUCACCGGCGGGAGUUCUGGAGGAAGUGCGGCUGCUGUGGCAUCUCUCAGCAGCUUCAUGGCAUUGGGGUCCGACACAGGAGGCUCCACCCGUAACCCUGGCUCGCUGUGUGGGGUGGUGGCCCUGAAGCCCACCUAUGGCCUGCUCUCCCGCCACGGCCUCAUCCCUCUGGUCAACUCCAUGGACGUCCCGGGUAUUAUCACCAGGAGUGUACAAGAUGCAGCCACUGUGCUGGGUGUCCUCCAGGGUCGUGAUGAAAAAGACUCAACUACAGUUCAGUUUCCCAACUUAGCCACCAGCCUUCCUGAGGAUUUUGACAUCAGAGAUAUUUGUGUCGGCAUUCCAAAGGAAUACCACGCCCCGGGUCUGUCAGCCGAGACUCUGACGCAGUGGGGGCGCGUGGCGUCCAUGUUUGAGCGUGCCGGGGCAAAAGUCAGAGAGGUAUCGCUUCCACAUACCCAGCACUCCAUCGUCUGCUACCACGUGCUCUGCUGCGCCGAGGUGGCGUCCAAUAUGGCUCGCUUCGAUGGCCUUGAGUACGGUCACCGGAGUGCAGUGGAGAGUUCGACUGAAGCGCUGUACGCCACCACACGCCAUGAGGGCUUCAACCACGUGGUCCGCACACGAAUCCUCUCAGGAAACUACUUCCUGUUAAAACAAAACUACGACCGUUACUUUGUAAAGGCCCAGCAGAUCAGGCGUCUGAUUGCAGAAGAUUUUCGCCGCGUUUUCCAGUCAGGCGUUGAUGUGCUUCUCACGCCCACGACGCUGAGCGACGCAGCGCGCUAUUCCGACUUCAUCCAGGAAGACAAUCGCACACGCAGCGCCCAGGAAGACAUCUUCACUCAGCCAGUCAACAUGGCAGGUCUUCCUGCUGUUUCUGUACCAACAGCCCUCUCAAGUAGAGGCCUUCCCCUCGGGCUGCAGCUGAUUGGACAGUCCUUCCAGGACAUGAAGAUGCUGACGGUGGCCUAUUGGAUGGAGCAGCAGCUCGGCUUCCCCAUCAUCCGUUUCCAUGAUGCGGCGGAGCGGAACACGGAUGAACGGGACCAGGGGGAAGAAUGCAAAUUGAGGUCUUGAGUGAUAACAGAGAGAGAGAGCUGUAUUGCUUUAAUACAGAUGCAAACUGAGCUCAUAUGUUUUUAGAGCUAAUUUGCAUUUGGUUUUUCACAUCCUGUACAGUGUAUGUCUGAUAUUCAGUCUGUUUGACAUCAUGGCUGAUUUCUGAAGAUUAGAGUGCAUACUGCUGCACACUCCCAACAAUGGGAGUCAAUGCCAAUGAAAUGCUAAAAGGCCCAAUGACACGGAUUGCACACAGAUUGCAAUGGUUUGCAAAUCUCAUUGACCUGUAUUUUUUAUUAACAUUGGAAACAAAAACACAUAUCUGAUGUUUAAAGUGAUUUAUUACAAUUGGGUGGCAUCCAAAAAAAUGUGUAUAUUUAAAAAUAAAAGCAGUUUGCAUAUAAAUGACUGUGUUUAAAAAGAGCAUUUUAAAGAGGCAAAGUCUUUAAACAAUCUGUGAAACACAUAGUGGAACAUUUGCAGAAAAAUGACUUUGGAUUUCCCACCAUCUACAACCCAUAAUAUCAUUGAAUGCUGGUGAUCUUCGGAUCAGUUCUAAAUGAGUACUUUGUUGCAGGGCUGUGUUUACUUUUGUGUAUAUAAAAUUGAAUAAAUAUUUGAUCCCAAAAAAAGAAGUGGUAAAAUGUAUCACUUUAAAAUCUAUUUUCUAUUUUGAAUAAAACAUGGGUCUAUAAGGUGUACAUAUCAUUGCAUAUAUAAGUGAACAAAUAAAAAAAAAAAAAUGUCUUUUAAACCAUAUGUAAAAUGUUAUUUAUGUACAUGGCACAGAAAGAGUCUCUCAAAUUACUAUAUCCCAACAUUUACAAUACAUAAAAUCAUAAUAAAAAGGUAGGUCAGGUGUGGAGAAUUGUAAAGCAGAGUUUGGUUAUAAAAACACACUAGGUCAGGCCAUCCUAGCAAGUUUAGCCCACAAUCAGACUACAAAAUGAGUAAAAAAAGUCUUUAACAACCAUAAAAUCUUAUCUAAGGCAUAUAGGUAGAUUUUAUAUGACACAGCUUAUGCUAACAUACAGCAUCUACCAUCAGAAAGAGACCAAACAAGCCUCAUUUUUAUUGAGAGUGUUUAAGGAGCAAAUAUAUGUAAUAUAUAAGCAAAUCUCACUGAGCACAUACAGCUCAGAAAAAAAAAAAACUUUUUAUAGGUAUAUGUUUGAGUAUAAUGAACAGUGUAGUUUUAUUCUAUAAACUACAGACAACAUUUCUCCCAAAUUACAAAUAAAAAUAUUGUAAUUUGGAGCAUUUAUUUCUAGAAAAUAAUUGAAAAAGACGUUUCAGACCUCAAAUAAUGUGACAAAAACAAGUUCAUAUUCAUUUACAAACAACAGUACUAAUGUUUUAAGAGUUUAGAAAUCAAUAGUUGUUGGAAUAACCCUGAUUUUAAUUCACAGCUUUCAUGCGUGUUGGCAAGCUCUCCACCAGUCUUACACACUGCUUUUGGUUAAUUUAUGACACUCCUGGAGGAAAAAUUCAAGCUGUUCAGCUUUGUCUGAUGGCUUGUGGCAUCCAUCUUCCUCUUGAUUAUAUUCCAGAUGCUUUCAGAGAGGGGUACAGAGGUCAAAGUAUAGAAGAAAUGUGUAGUUUUAUAAUUUAAAACUGUAGUUCUGUAUCUGGUUCUCUGCACACUUUAUUAUUAUCAUCCUUUCACCCUGUUUUUUUAAUGCGCAGGAUGCCAAAAGAGACCACCACAAAGCAGCAAAUAUUUGGGUGGUGGGUGGGGGUGGAUCGGAUACAGCAGUGCUGCUAGAGUUUUUAAACACCUUAGUGUACCAACAGCGUCCUGUAGGCAGCAUCCUGUAGGCAACUUGAGUUUGACCUCUGGAGCACACUUUCACCAGAAACACAGAACAGAAAACCAUCACUUCCUGUCCAGCAUUGCUGAUAACAUUAUCUGUUAGCAUUACAGGACCGUAAUUGAGUCAGAUCCGCUCAGCUGUUGGCAAUCAAGUGCAAGCAAUGACGGCUUGUUUUGCUGCUGAAACUGGGUUGAGUCUGGAGAUCAGAAUAAGGUCGGUUUGCUGUAAAAAUGGAUAUAAAAAAACAGUGCUGGGAAUGACCCACCGCCAAAAUAGUACCUGCUCUGUGGUGGUUGAGAAAGCAGUUAUCGUCACAGCCUGAUGUCACUGGGCCAGUUCCCCGGUCAGCUGUUCCUCACACAGUAAACAGGUGUUUUCCGUGGAAAAAGAUUAGAUGAUGGUGCUAGAAAAACAUCAUCGUAUUGUCCAUACAUCAAGACAUUUUAAAUUACUACAGCUAUUACACAUGCUCACAAACGUACAACCUCCCUUAACCCCACACGUCUGCUUGCGCGAAGUAACACUUUACUUUGGAUUGGGGAUGCACUAAAUAUUUGGCAACCAAAAUUAUAGUUCUAAAAGAAAGUGAACACUGAAUAAUUUAUACCAAACAAUACCAAACAAUGCCUAUUAUAAGUAUUAUUUAUUGUAUGUGUGUGG